GGAAGGGCCAUGAAGAGGAAGAUCAUGCAUUGUAGAAUCACCCACCUCCAACUUGGAAGAUGCACUAGAAAACCUUGCCAGAAAGCCCCAAAUCAGAUAUUCAGAGAACCAAUCCUGUUUUUUUCCGAAUCUUGAAUUGGAAGCCACGGGAGUCUGUAAAGCCUAAAAGGGAAAUAAAAGAUUUGUCCCUCUUAACUACCUUUGUCAAACACUGUUUGGUGUGAUGGUUUCAGAUGCCAGGUGCGUCACAGACUUUGAAGCUCUGCCUGCAGUUGAACACAAAGACCUGGAGGAGACUCCCACUGCCUUCAGGGAGAAGAAAGGAGACAGCGAAGCCGAUUGAAAGAACUUGUGGCUUGUGGCCUUUUUGUGCAGUCCCGCCUGGAAGGAGAGUAAAGUACAUUAAAGCCACUGUGGCGGUGAAAGCUGUGAGAUGAGGCCCUGCCGCUGCUUCUGCUGACACCGAUUCCAGGAUCCCUCGCUGCCCUUUGUGCUUCGUGUACAUGUGUCUAUUCAGGCCGGCGGGAGGCGCCCAGAAGAGCAUCCACCACGGCUGCCGGGGAAAGACCGCCCACCAUGCCCACGGAGACGCUACAGACAGGUAGCAUGGUGAAGCCGGUCAGCCCCGCGGGCACCUUCACGUCGGCCGUGCCCCUGCGCAUCCUGAACAAAGGGCCAGACUACUUCCGCAGGCAGGCUGAACCCAAUCCUAAAAGACUCAGCGCCGUGGAGAGGCUGGAGGCCGACAAGGCCAAAUACGUCAAGAGCCAGGAGGUGAUCAACGCCAAGCAGGAGCCAGUGAAGCCCGCCGUGCUGGCCAAGCCCCCCGUGUGCCCAGGCGCCAAGCGUGCCCUGGGUAGCCCCACACUCAAGGUGUUCAGCAACCACGCCAAGACCGAGAGCGGUGUGCAGCGGGAGAACCUCAAGCUCGAGAUUCUGAAGAACAUCAUCAAUAGCUCCGAGGGCUCCAGCUCUGGCUCCGGUCACAAGCACAGCUCACGAAACUGGCCUCCACACAGGUCAGAUGCCACCGACCUGCACCGCCACUCCUUCGCAGAGUCCCUGAAGGUGUACCCCACGCCUGGCCGCAGCAGCCCCCAGGAAAGCAGCUCCCACGUGAGCAGGAGGCUGCUGGAGCAGUCAGCUGAUUCCUUCCUCCACGUCUCACACAGCUCCUCGGACAUCCGCAGAGUGACCAGCGUGAAGCCCCUCAAAGCGAUCCCCUGCAGCAGCUCCGCGCCCCCUCUGCCUCCCAAGCCCAAGGUCUCCGCCAUGAAGUCUCCCGAAGCCGAGCCGGUGGAACCAGCCUGUGGCGUCAGCCGGAGACCUUCCCUUCAGCGGUCUAAGUCAGACUUGAGUGACCGGUAUUUCCGAGUGGACGCAGAUGUGGAGAGGUUCUUCAACUACUGUGGACUGGAUCCAGAAGAGCUGGAAAACCUUGGGAUGGAAAAUUUUGCAAGGGCUAAUUCUGACAUCAUAUCCCUCAACUUCCGCAGUGCAAGCAUGAUCAGCUCAGACUGUGAACAGUCUCAGGACAGUAACAGUGACCUUAGAAAUGAUGACAGUGCCAAUGACCGGGUGCCAUAUGGCAUUUCUGCCAUUGAAAGAAAUGCUAGGAUCAUCAAGUGGUUAUAUAGCAUCAAACAAGCUAGAGAAUCACAGAAGGUGUCCCAUGUGUAAGAGACACAGUGUGUGCAAAGGAGGGAGGGGCGGGUCUGUCUGUGCAUAUGCAGUUGUAAAGGUUGUGAGGUCUCCUUGAAGUGUCGUGAGCUUCUCCACUCUUUGUGUUGCUUGUUGUGCACUGUUUUCAAGUUGCAUGCCUGUCAACAUGGCGACUGGCCUGGCUUCCUCAUCACAGCCACUGAGGGCUGAACACUCAUCUGCCACAGGUCAGGUCAGAAUCUAAUUAGGGCUUUGCUCUUAAGCAGAACUGUUUACAUGGAAAAUGGUAUACAGUUUCUUCAAUAUUUAUGUGGUUCUUGUGUUUUUAUAAUCCACGCUAUUGUGUCUUAAUUAAAAGUUUUGUCAACUGGCCUUUAAGUUGAGAGCAGAAUCUUUUUGAAUAAAACCACUUUGUCUAAUUGUGAGACCGUAACAGUGGGGAAAGGGGGAUCUGCCACCAGAUAGUGACUGACCAAGUGUAGAAUUAAUCUGAGUUUUCUGUGGAAUAAAAGGGCGGCCUAAUGUUGGUUGUUUACAUGUUGAAAUUUCUCUUGCCACUAAUGGAGCAGUCAUUGGGGCAACAAUGCUACACUUUGUGUCCAAUGCCGUUAAUGGUUCUAUGUAAUGCUGAUCCCAAGGAAAGACAAUCAGAUACAACUAAGGAUGAUUAAAUCUAGGAGUCUGGGUAUUUGGGAGUUGUGUUGAUGUUCAGAUUAGGGUAAUUCAGAAAUUUCUACUAGUAUUAAUCUUUGGGCAGAAAUGGAUACCCAAAAGCUAAAACUGAAUACCUUUCUAUUUUUCUUUAAAGGAUGUUUCCUGUGUUUGUUUAUUUGUUUUUGUCCUGGUUUAUUGUUUUGGUUUUGCUGAAGAACUACUAAUUCACGCUGUUUCUCUUUCUUUGUUGUGGUUUUAUUUGGGGGAGGCAGUGGGGCUUACAUAGGUUUCAUCUAUGUGAAGACAAGAAUAAAAACUGAAACACUAGCCAUAUCAGCCUAGAGUCACCUAUUCAAAAGGGAAUAUAUUUGGUACCUGAAUCAUCUAAGUGGUGUGAUUCUGCUGACCUACAUAUGUUAUUCUCUUAACCUGUGGCUCUUCGUUACACUUCUGGGAACUGUAGAAACCCUAUACUCUGUAGCUCUUGUACCCCGUGGUGGCUAGCACUGCCCAUCACCUUAUCUUCUUUUUGCCCAGUAACUUGUCCUCCAGGUGGGUUUCCGUAGCUCCCAGUGAGCUGACAGCGCCGUGUGGUAACAGGGAAGGCACCAUGCAGUGGUCUGAUUCCUUGCUCUUGUCAUGCUCAGUUCUCUGUAGCACCACAGUGGACUUUGUCAAUUAAUAGGGAAUUUUUUAUGGUGUAAAUGCUGUAAGACUUUGUACAUACUUCAGUUGUUAUUAAAUCUUUAAGAAAAAAAACAAUUAUACUAAUAAAUAGCUCUGAUGCAGGCACUAGCAGUGGUGGUUUCUUUGUUCUUUAUCACCCUCUGUGAAAGUUUAACCGAGGCCUCUUGGCCAGAAGCACACUCUUGAAGAAACAUUGCUUCAUUAAGUUGCUUUUCAUCAUAUCUGUUAUUCUGAACAGCAGUAUUCUUAAUUGUAGCUGUAGCAGUGUGCUUUUGGUAAAAUAGUUUCAUCAAGGUUCCUAAAAUAUGCUGCUGCCUCUCCUAAAUUCACACCUCUUUUAUUUUUGUCUCCCUAAACAUAAGGAUUUUUCACAUCUUCCGCAAGACUCUUCAGUUGUAAAUAUUUAUGAGUUCUCACCAUGGAGGCAUAUCUUUGAAUGGCUAGUUCUGUUUUCAUUUGUACAAGGCCAGCAUCAGGACCAUUAUGUGUAUCCGAAUAUUUGUCCACUUGUUCAUUCCUACUUUACCACGUCACUUGUUGAAUGACUACAUGACUACCUUUAUCAGGUAUCUGGGUUAGCAUUGGACCUCUCUGGUAAACAAGUCUCUGCCUCAAGAGCUUAGAUUUUUCCCAUUUAUUUUGAGAAAAACUUCACUCUUCUUAAUGGA